GUUGCGGGGGGGGUGGGGGGACUAUCAGGAGUGGUUAGACAGACACACCUUAGCUGGCAAAUGGUUGUCUAGGUCAGCCAAUCCCAAACAAACGCCUCUACCGCAAAAUAUUGUUCCCUCUCCUCCUCCCCCUCUCUCUCCCCCGCUCGCUUCCUCUUUUUUCUCACACUGUUCUCGCAUUGAAAAAUCAGGGUUACCUUGUCCCCGUUUCUUUCCACACUCUUCAAAUGAGGGUUCCGUCUCGAGUCUUAGCGUCCGAUCAUUUCAAUUCUUGAACUUGUAACGAACAAUCACGAGUCAAGGUCACUGUUAUCGACUUCAAGUUCUGAUCGGAGAAAAGAGAGGCAAAGGAGGAAUCAGAGGCAUUGAAGAAGAAGAAGAAGUAGUGGUAAGUGAAGAGAUCGGACGGUUGAAAUGAGCGCGUCCAGGUUCAUUAAGUGCGUGACUGUCGGCGACGGUGCUGUUGGCAAAACUUGUAUGCUUAUUUCCUACACCAGCAAUACUUUCCCUACGGACUAUGUACCGACUGUUUUUGACAACUUCAGUGCAAAUGUGGUUGUGGAUGGAAACACUGUCAACUUAGGAUUAUGGGAUACAGCUGGUCAGGAGGACUACAAUAGAUUAAGACCUUUGAGUUAUCGAGGGGCAGAUGUCUUUAUUCUUGCGUUCUCUUUAAUUAGCAAGGCCAGCUAUGAAAAUGUUGCCAAAAAGUGGAUUCCAGAACUGAGGCAUUAUGCUCCCGGGGUUCCAAUUAUUCUUGUUGGAACAAAACUUGAUCUCCGGGAAGAUAAGCAGUUCUUUGUUGACCAUCCUGGUGCAGUGCCGAUUAAUACUGCCCAGGGAGAGGAAUUGAAAAAACUUAUUGGAGCUCCUUUCUACAUCGAAUGCAGUUCAAAAACACAGCAGAAUGUGAAGGCGGUUUUUGACGCAGCCAUCAAGGUGGUGCUCCAGCCUCCAAAGCAAAAGAAGAAGAAAAGGGGGCAGAAGGCUUGCUCCAUAUUGUAAUUGACGAAGGCAUGAUUAGGUUUGACAGAAAUAGAAGAUGGCCUUGCCUGCCACUCACUGCAGUGUCACACCUUUCUCUAUUCCUUUCCCCCAGCAAGGAAGCAGGGUGUAUUGUAUAGUCUUGACUGACAUUCUAGGGAAGUCCAUGAAAACACCAGAUUGAUUGUUUCUUGUUUUCCUCAGUCUCACGGUCUGGAAUUGAACUGCAUUCCUCGUCAAACACGCUCAUUUUUUUUUUUUUGUUUGGCUUGUCGUAUCUAAACUUGACUCUCGUUUUAACUUUGAUGGGCUGGUCCUACUGUGGAAGUACUGUCUCCUGGCGCGGGCUGGCCUCCUAUCCGAGGCUUGCAGAAUUUCUGGCCCACUUCGUAUCUUAUCCGCAGCAGAUUGUAACGACAGUGAUGGUUAUUUUGCAUCCGGUUUCAACUAAUGUAAUUCUCUUUUUUGGAUUUCGUGUUAA